AAUUUCUUAUUAUGCUCUGUAAUCGUGUUAGAUUAGAAAAAAACAAUUGGAAAACCAGUCUCCCGAAUUCCUGGAGAGAGAGAGAAAUCGGUGAGGAUGUUGAGUUUCAGUUCGAAGAGGCUUCUAGGGAUUGUGUCUAGGGAUUUUUCGUCGCCGGCCGUUCAAAUCUUCCCGCGAUUUUACCACGAGAGGGUUAUUGAUCACUACAGUAACCCUCGAAACGUUGGAUCGUUUGAUAAGAACGAUCCGACGGUCGGCACGGGCCUUGUCGGUGCGCCCGCCUGUGGCGAUGUUAUGAAGCUUCAGAUCAAGGUUGAUGAGAAGACUGGUAAGGUUGUUGAUGCUUGCUUCAAGACGUUUGGCUGCGGUUCCGCGAUUGCUUCCUCGUCGUUGGCUACAGAAAUGGUGAAAGGGAAGCAUAUGGAAGAAGCCUUAACCAUUAAAAAUUCGGAAAUUGCUAAACAUCUCUCCCUACCGCCUGUUAAGUUGCACUGUAGCAUGCUUGCCGAAGACGCUAUUAAGGCUGCUGUUAAAGAUUAUGAAGCCAAGCGUGCCAAAUUGAUGGGUGAUGCUGAAACUCCCCCCGCGGAUAAGGCCUCGAACGCUUAGCCAAGUAAUGGUUGUAAAUGAUGUAAAAACUAUUAUAGUCAAUAUUUGUAGUCCAAGGUUUUUAAUAAUCACCUUAGUUUACUUUCAAUGUUCUCUUUGAUUUCCCCCCUUCCAGGGAACUGGAAGCAAGUGUUAGACCAUUGGAUUACAGGUUCGGACUGCAGUUUUGAUUCUAUCACGUCGAUUUUCGUUGUUUUUCAAAUAAUCUCUGAAAUUAAUGUGGCCUUUUGAUUGAGUACUAUGCUUCUGCUGAUGA